AUGGCGGCUGUCAAGAUCGGCGCAGAAGUGGCAGGAGCACCGUUGGAGGCGGCACUCGAGCUGUUCGGCGCGUACUUCGUCGACUUUGCGGCUGGUGCUGGCUUCAUUCGGCUGCUUCGCUCGCUUGGCUCCAACCUGCAUGAGAUGCUCAGCAACCUGAACAUCCUGCACCACAACGUCGAAAGGGAUCUGCCGGCGGCUGUUUUUCCUAUCUUCGAGGUCGGCCGACUGGAAUGGCUAAGUGACACGGUGUACACCUUCAGGAUGCACUAUGCGAGUAGCAGGGCCGGCCUCAAUCCGCUCUUGAAAGGUGCCCUGGAGCAAGCCACGAGGAAACUCUUCCAUUCCACCUUGGAGGUCCAGGCCUUGGCAACGGAGAGGCAUAGCUUCAGAUUAACUCCAAUGGCCGAGGCAUCAAACGAGGUGAAUUGGACCUUGAUUGUCAGCCUGGGACAGGAGAAGGAAGACCACGAGGUGCCUACCGACCCGCCAGCCUCAGCAUCAGCUGGGCCCGAUAUAGGCUCCGCGUCGUACGGCUUCUUCGAUUUCCAUGCCGCCUUGGCCUCUUUCUGGUGCUGCAACACCGAUUUGGAGCGGGACCAGGCCCAGGGCAUGACCUACCUCGCGGCUACACCUGCUUUGGAGGAGACUUGGGUAAGCAACGUGCGUAGAGUCUUGGCUGAGAAGCGCAGCAAGGUUGACAGGAUCACGGAGGACUGCCCGACGCCUUCGGGUGGACGGCACCUUUCCUUCUCACUCAGCGCGGUGGACCGUGUCCACAUCGCUGCCCACCUUUUCAGGGCCUGCUCCGCCGAACUCGUCUCCUCCCCAUGGACCGAUCUGCAGGAGCUGAGCAAGACAGAAAAGUUCUGGGGCUCCUACACCAAGCUGGACAAUUUCUACGCCAUCUCCGAUGACUGGUUGGUGGAGACGGUGAGGGCCGGGGAGACGAAGUUCGUGAAGCGCGGGAAGAUUCGCUUCCUGUCCCAGUCCUGGGGAAUUCCGAAGGAGUGGGACGAGCUGAUGGGGGCCGGAAGCUACGCGGAGGCCAAAGCGGCGGAGAUCUGCUGCAUGGCAAAGGACAUCGCCGCCUUGGAGUUGGGAGACACCGCGAGGUGGCGAGAGGUGUACUUCUGGGUGGACAAGUGUUGCAUUCCGCAGGGUGACAAGGAGCUGACUGGGUGGUGUGUCAACCUCCUAGAGGAGUACAUCAUCUUCUGCGACGGGCUUGUGGUGUUGGUCCCAUGGACAUACUUUACGAGGCUUUGGUGUGUCUAUGAAUGGGUUUGCUUCCUGCUCGUGCACGACCCCGUGGACAUUGAGAUUUGCGCAGACCCCUUCGUGCGGGAGAGCACGCUUCCGCUCUUCAUCGAGGCGAUUGGCAACUUCAAGCUCGCUUCUUGCCAGUGCUUCCGCGAGGAGGACAGGCCCGUACUGAUCAACAAGGUCUCACAGUACUACAAGUCCGUUGAAGGCUUCGAGCAGUUUUUGAAGUUCACCGCCAUUGCUCUUUUUGUGCGGUGUACCGCCCAGCGUCGGUCAGCAAAAUGCUUCUCCGCUCUUGAGCCUUGGCGUCAUCUCGCGGAGCGACAAGGCUUCUGCGACUUGGCAGGGAAGGUGGAAGAUGUGAUGACUCGUCUACCCCAGUGGCGUGAGGACGCGGUGAAGAACGCGAAGGGCGGUGGCACCCGCGACGUGCAAACGGAUGUCUUCAAGCAUGUUGAGGCUUGGUUUAAGGCCGAGAUGGUCCCAUUGAUCCUCGACAAGCGGAAGGAGGUGGCGACGGAGAGUGGUCUGCGUUUCAUCGAGGAGCUACGCCAUGCGGCCAAAGCCGUUGUUGUGGACCAGGCAGAAGAUCGACCAGAAGUCACGAUAGAAGAGAUACGAGUUUGA